AUGGGGAUCCUUGGCGGCAGCAGGAGGUCCCUGCUCUGUGGCUUCCUGGUGACGCUAGUGCUGUUCGAAAGUGCUUUCGCAGCCUCCUGCAAAACCGGGUGCCCAACACCGGACAAGUCUAGCAAGUACAGCUUCAAGCCCGGCACGUUCUACAACUACGAUGUGGACAGCUACGUCCAGAUCCAGCAGUCGGAUGCGGCGGCCAACAAGGAAACGACCCUGAAGGUCGAGGGCAAGAUGCAGCUGUACGCCGGCGACAACUGCCAGUACACGCUGAAGGUGUUGUCGCUAACGUCGUACGCACCGGACGGCAAGAAGACACCGUUCGGGGACGAAAUCGGCAAGCCGGUCCAGUUUGCGCUCUCGAACGAUGAGCUCGCACCGCAACUCUGUGCCGAGGCCGACGAUACCGACUUCUCGGUGAACGUGAAGCGCGGUCUGGUGUCACUCUUCCAGUCGGCCCAGGAUAAGAGCGUCGAGACGGACGUGUUUGGCGUCUGCCGGACGGACUACUCGAGCCACACGUCCGGCGGGGCGACCGUCGUGAGCAAGUCGCGUGACCUGAGCAACUGCGCCUACCGGGAGUCGCUAUCGAACAGUUUUGUGACGCGCAUCGUCAACAGCAAGGCCGGCAUCAAGUCGACGCCACUGUUGGAGAGCUACUACAACAGCCAACAAACAUUCAAGGAUGGACUGCUGGAGUCGGUCAAGCUGGGCGAAGAGUACCAGUACAUGCCGUACCUGAAGGAUAAGGUUGGCGUGACGGCCAAGAUGACGACGAAGCUGACGCUGACCGGCCAGCAGGGUGGUGCUGCACCGGCACUGGCUGGCAAUGCGGAAUCCCGUUCGGUUAUUUUCGAGAACCCCGACCAACGGUCGGCCGGAAACUUGGCCGUCGUCAAGCAGGAACUGCGGGCGACCAUCGAUUCGUACGUCAAUGGGGCGGUGGGCAAAAAGACUUCGAACCUGUUCCUGGAGCUGAUCCAACUGAUGCGCUUCUCCACGAAGGAAGACUUCCUGACGCUGUACAACCAGGUGAAGGCUGGCAGUGUUGCCCCGAACAAGUCACUAUCGCGCAAGGUCUACCUGGAUGCGCUGUUCCGCGUCGGAACGGGUGAUGCCGUUGAGGCCAUCACGCAGCUGUACAAGAACAAGGAAAUCACCGACGCCCAGGAGCAAAAGCUGGCGUUUGUGUCUCUGAACCUGGUCAACUCGAUGACGAAGGAAGCACUGAAGGCGGUCAACAAGCUGCUCGAUGGGAACCCGCCGCGCGAGGCGUACCUGAGUGUGGGUUCGCUCGUCAGCAAGUACUGCCAGAAACACGGCUGCCAGUCGGCGGACGUGAAGGAAAUCUCGAACAAGUUCGGUACCAAGCUGGGCAAGUGCCAGAGCAGCACGCGCGCCGACGAGGACACGAUUGUGGCCGUCCUGAAGGGAGUCCGCAACUCGGACAAUCUGGUUGCCCCGCUGCUGGACAAGGUGCUGACCUGCACCGGACCGGGAGCUUCGUCGCGGGUUCGCGUGGCCGCUCUGCAGGCACUGCCGGCGGCGUCGUGCAACAAGAAGGUGGUCGCUGCUGCCCUCAACACGCUGAAGGACGCGAGCGAAGACUCGGAGAUUCGGAUCCACGCGUACCUGUCGCUGGUCGAGUGUCCGUCGGCUAAUGUGGCGAACGAGCUGAAGGCGCUGCUGGAUCAGGAGAAGGUGUACCAGGUCGGUUCGUUUAUCACGUCGCACCUCGCAAGUCUACGCGCCUCGGUUGAUACGACGCGUGAGGCCGCCCGCCAACACUUCGGUAAGCUGCGCACCUCGAACAAGUUCCCGUUCGACGUACGGCGGUACUCGUUUAACCGCGAGUUCUCGUACGCCGUCGAAUCGCUCGGAGUCGGGGCCAGUGCGGAAGCCAGCGUUAUCUACUCGCAGAAGAGUUUCCUCCCGAAAUCGGUGGGGGUCAACUUUACCGCGGAACUGUUCGGUAAUGCGGUGAACGUGUUCGAGCUGGAGGGCCGUCAGGACAAUCUGGAGCGCCUGGUGGAGCACUACUUUGGCCCGAAAGGCUUCUUCUCGGGUCUGGACCUGCAGAGCGCGUACGACCGUGUGGUACAGCAGUACCAGAAGCUGUCGGACAAGGCGAAGGAACGGUUCCGUCGUGGCAUCCGCGAGGAUAUCCGCGCACUGGCCAAAACGGUGGAUCUGCACAAUGACGCACUGCAGGACUUUAAUCUCGAUAUGACGCUGAAGGUGUUCGGUUCGGAGCUGUUCUUCCUCAGCACCGGCGACAAUGUGCCGACCAACCCGGACGAGUUCCUGGACAAGGCGCUCGAGUGCUUCGAUAAGCUGGUGGAGGGUGCCAAGAAGUUCGAGCGCACGUUCGAACACCACGCCCUGUUCCUGGACACGGACCUCGUGUACAGCACGGCGCUCGGACUUCCGCUGAGGCUGUCGGCGCACGGUGCCGGAGUGGCCCGGCUAGAUGCGGCCGUCGACGUGGACCUGAAGGCACUGGUGAAGGACUACAGCAACGCCAAGUUCAACGUGAAGCUGGCACCGAGCGCUAGCUUCGAGGUGACCGGAACGCUCAGCGUCGACGCAUUCAACGUGAUGACCGGUCUGCAGGUGGCCGUUUCUGGCCACUCGUCGACCGGAGCAGCCGUCAAGUUUGCGCUGCGGGAUGCGUCCGCUUACGACCUAACUGUGGACACGCUCCGGAACAAGCAGGAACUGGUGUCGGUCACCUUCCGCGAGGUGUUUGUGACGCGGGAACGUGGCAAUCAGCUCAUCACCCUGCCGGCCAAGCGUCACGAGCUGGGCAACAAGUACACGGCCUGUUUCGACAAUCUGAACCCCUUCAUCGGGGUGACGGUUUGUGUGGCCAACCGAGACCACCAGCGCACGGAGGAGGUGUUCGAGGUGUACCUGGAGGUGGAACCACAGUUCCACUUCUCCGGCCAGCUCGAUAACAGCAACCCGAAGCACGUGUCGCUGCUGCUGAGCUUCGAUACGCCCGGCUCGCAGACGAAACGCUUGACCAACCUGCGCCUGGAAGGUGUGACCGGUGCCGAGCUGUACGUGAAGGCCACCCUGGAGUCACCGAUCCGCAACGUGGACUUCCAGCUGGGCGUGAACAACAACGACAAGGAAGUGGCGCUGUACGCGCUGGCUCACAACGGAGCCGAAGAGUACCUGGCCAAGAUCGGGUUCGAGAAGGGAGCCUCGGGUGGUCGCGACGAGUACGUGCCGAUCUUUACGAUCCGCUCGCCGAAAGGCGACGCACAGGUGUCGAAGAUCGUGCAGACCACGGGCAAGAUUGUGGUUGAGCAGCUGGAGGGUGGCAAACGCAAGUAUCACCUGGAGAACAUUGAAUGGACAAGCCCGUACGCUCCGAAAACCACCGUCAAUGGGCACGUGGUGUCGAACAGUGAGGGUAGCUUCGAUGCCGCCGUCGACGUCACCGUCGACCAGGUGGUGAGCAACGUCGUGGGCCACCUUGACUUUGACCUGCGGCACGUGAAUCUGCAGCUGGAGAAGCGAACACCGAGCGAUGCGGCCAAGAACUUCAAGGCGCACCUCGAGGUGGCGUACACGGAGAACUCGUUCAAGAACCUGCUCUCGUUCGCGACCGGCAAGGAUUUGGCCAAUCCGACGGCCAAGUACGAGCUCAGCCAGCUGGCCGAGUUUACGCUGAAACCGGACGCCAAGGGACUGGAGUCGCUGAAGUUGACCAACAAGCUGCAGGUGCCGAAGCAGACGCUACGGUUGGACUUUGCCACGAACCGGAACCAGUUCCUGCUGGACGGCGAGUACGCGUACGAGAAGUACAAGGUUGCGGCCAGCGUCGACGCGAAGUACAACGAGAAGACGGCCGGUGACUACGACGUGCAGGUGGGUGGGUCACUCAACAAGCACUUCUUCAAGUUCUUCGCGAAGCGUAUCGUGGAGCAGAACAAGAGUCGCUUCAGCAACCGGCUGACGGCCAGCACUGGGACCAAGGUCGAGCUGAACGGCGCGGUCACGAACCGGUUCACCAGCCAGGAGGGUGAACUGAACCUGGAGGGUGCGCUGGUUGCCGCCGACAAAGCCGCUCCGUACAAGCUUGCGCUGACGGUCGUGUUCAACGCUGCGAACGUCCUGUCCAACGCGAAGGUUCUGGUCGACAAGGAAGAGUUCGCUACGUACGACUUCAAGCUGGAACGUGGCGAGGACCCCAACGGCAAAUUCACGUUUACGGUGAAGGACCUGUUCGAUGGUAACGGUGAGAUGAAGUCGGACAAGGGACAGGGCGACCUGUUCGCCGUGGUUAGCUUCCUGAAGCAGGACCGCAAAGUGAAGCUGGACAGCAAGUUCAAGGUGGUCGCUCCGGUGUACGAUGUGUCGGUGGACUUUUUCUACGACUUCGAGAAGGACAACGCCAAGGUGGUGCACUUCGAGACGAAGAACAAGGUCACGCAAACGAGCUUCGACAGCAAGAACGUGGUGGAGGUGUUCUCAGAGCGGUACGAGUUGAACCUGCAAGGCCAGGGCAACCCGAAACCAGUGGACGGAACGUUCUCGAGCAAGUUCAGCCUCGUGCUGCCGACCGGACGUCAACUGGGCGGUGACUUCAAGCGAGACGUUUCGACGAAGGGCGAGAAAAAGUUCGGCAAGAUGGUGACCAACCUGUACGACCGGCUGCCGGGUGGCAAGCAGCGCUCGGUACAGUGGACCGGUGAGCUUAAGGAUGCAGACUUCAAGGCCAAGCUGUUCGAGUCCGCCCACACGGUGGUAUACAGCGAUCUGGACUCGAAGACGGUUAAGGUCGACGUCGGAGUGAAGCACGUCCCGGCAGGUACUUACCGGGCGGCGUCCGGUAGCUUGAAGCUGUCCGGAGAGCUGCUUCCGCAGACGGCCGAACUAACGCUGGAUGUGGACGAGUACUGUGAGCAUCACGCCAAGUAUCGCGUUGGCGGCAAGUACGGAGCCGACUUUGGGGCCCAGGUCGAUGGGUACUACCACGUCGGUGGCCACGGCAAGCCUGCGAACCACGAUCUGAAGGUGGCGCUCGCGCUAUCCUCCUUCAAGCUGGCGGUCGCUUCGAACGGCAAGUAUCUGCAGCCCGAAACCGACGACGGUGUGCACGAGCUCGACUACAGUGGCUCGGUGGACUACAACGGUCAGGUUGCGUCCGUGACGACGCACGCCAAGGGUAAUCUGGCCCGGGGCAACGGCAACCUGAAGCUGGCCCUGCCCAACGUGGACCCGAUCGCCGCGGAAGGCUCGUACACGUACGACGCCAAGGAUGGUGGAUCACUUGCGACGAACGGAGCGCUGAAGGUGUCGUACGGACAGGGCAAGAACUUUGACUUCUCGGGCUCGGCCAAGGCACCGUCGGCGGACGAUGUGCAGGUUCACCUGACGCUCAAGUCCGAGUUUGAGAACGUGCGCAGCGUAGACGUGACGUUCAAGCACGCCAAAGCGGCCGGCAGUGCGUACAACACGAAGCUGCUGGUGACGGCCGAUGGCAAGAAGUACAGCGUCGAGAAUGCGGUCGUCAUGACGGACUCGAACCCGUCGGUCGACUUCACCCUCGGCUACCCGGGCAAGACGGUGAAGGUGUACGGUAGCUACAAGGCGCUUGGCCACAGUGCCUUCAAGGCGGAGGCGAAGGUGCAAAAUUUGGCCGACUUCGACCUGGAGGCGAACGUGGAGGGCAACUUUGACAGCUACCAGACGUUCUACUUCAAGCUGUACGGCGAUGCGCCGAAGCUGAACGCGAACCAGUUCACGGUGGAGGUGAACGCGAAACCGGGCGCCAACGGCAAGGGACUUAGCUUCCGGGCUUCGGAAGGCGGAAAGGACAUUCUGAGCGGCUACGCCGACUACUCCGUCAAGGAGCACGGUUCCGGGAGCGUAAUCGAAGGCCAGGGCAGUGUGAAACUGUACGAUAAGCAACAGAGCGCGACGUUUAAGGUGGUGCGCGAGCGGCUCUCCGAAUCGGGGGCCUCGGUCAAGCUGACGGCCGCGAUCGGUAAGAACACGGUACUGUACGACGCUCACGUCCAUCCGAACAACUUCCGGCUGAAGAUGGCGCUGUGUGACGAGGCGAAGAAGUGUACGAACGUGGAGCUGGCGUCGAAGUUGGAGCGUGCCGAUACGAACUCGUUCAAACACGAGGCCCUCGUCUCGGUGGAACUGCAGCAGCUCGGGUACGACCACGAGUUUGGGCUGUCGGCCAAGACGAGUGCCAACGGGCUGCAGCUUGACCACACGACCGACGUGCAGCUGAAGGAGAAGAAGCAACCGAAGUACCAGUACCUGCUGUACAUCCAUCCGUCGUCGGCCGGCGCCAGUCUAAUCCUGCCGACGCGUACCGUCGCCGUCGAAGGGGUGUUCAGUGUGCCGAAGGACAAGUUUGGGCUGUUCGAUGGUAGCGUUUCGUUCUACCUCGACCGGAAGAACGAUCCGGACAACAAGGCCACGUUUGGGGUGCGCGCCGAAACGAAGGCCCUCGGGGCGGCCGGUGUCAGUGCGAGUGGAGCGUUGACGUUCUCGCACCCGACCAUCAAGGCGCUGGCAGUCCGCGCCAAGGGUAGCCUGGAUGGGGAGAAACACGCCGCGGACGGGUCGGUCGAGUUUGACAUCUUCAAGAAGGCCAGCGACAAGAUCGUCGCCAAGGUGCGGUACGUCAACGGUGACCAGUCGUACCGGGGCUUCAACAUUACGUCGGAGGCGAGCGUCAGCAGCAAGGGACUGGGACUGAACUGUGGCUUCAGCGGGCACUCGGCACUGUCGUUUGCGAACCGCCAAGCCAGUGCGGCCGGUUCACUGACGCUACCCUUCGAAGGCUACACCUUCGGUAGCUACUUCUUCGGAAGCCCGGAACAGUUCGACUUCCUGCUCACGCGCUUCGGCGAGGACUUUGUGCGAGCGCACGGAUCGUUCGAUAUCAAGAAGUACCGGGCCGAUUUCACGUCCACCGUCCGGCUUGUGCCAAACCGUCCGGUAGUGUUCGAGUCGCAGCUGAGUGGCCUAACGUCGGCAUCGUUCGCCUUCAAGCAAGAUCCGUUCUUCAGCGCCGACGGCUCGUUCGGCGUCGAUAAGGCGAUCCUGCUGAACGUGGUCGGCGAAGGGAAGCCGCUGCUGACCGCCAAGGUGACGCUGGACGCGACGCACUUCCUGUCGACCGAGUACAAGGUGGACGAAGCGAACGCGAAGACGUUCGUGGUCGCACUCAACAAGCAGCUGCAGGGUGACUUUGGUGUUGUGAAGGACGACAUUACGCAGCGGUACGGCAAACUGACGCAGGAAGUGUCCACGCUGUCGAAGAACGUGCUCAACGCGUUGCCGGACUUUGGCAAGUUCCAGGAAAGCUACCGGAAGCAGCUGCAGAAGCUGCAGGAAGACGUGAUGAGCGAUCCGACCAUCGCCGAGUUCGUGCGAGCGGCCUCGAAGGUGUUCGAGGCGGUUGCCGAGGUGUUUGGCAAUCUGUCGCAGGUGUACGUCGAGAGCUUCCGCAAGAUUUCCGCCAUCGUGAGUGACGUCACCGGGACGUUGGUGGAGACGUUCAACACGAAGGUGCUGCCGGCGCUGAAGGAACUCUCCGCGAAGGUGGAGGCGAUGCUGUUUAACGUGUACGAAGAAACGGUCAAACUGGUGGUGGCCAUGUUCGAGCGCACCGUCAAGGCGCUGAAGGUGUUCGAGGAGGACUUCAAUAAGAUCGCCGGCAACGUGUCGGAGCUGUUCAAGACGUUCGCCCAAACGCUCACCCGGGCCGUCCAGGCGCUGGAGAAGGAGUUUAAGGAUCUGUACAAGCUCGCCCAGGACUACGUCGAGUCGUUCGACGAGUUCAAGGCGGUGCAGGAAACACUGAAGCAGUACUUCGAUGGGCUCGAUCGGUACGCCUACCAGCUGCUGCGGGAGGUGCUGGUGUUGGUCGAAGACCUUUACCCGGUGCCGGAGAUCAAGGAGUUCACCGGAGCGAUCAACCGGUACGUCAGCAGCAAGCUGGACGGCAAGCCGGUCAACGAUGUCGAGGAACUGAAGGCUAUCGCCGUAAGCUUCGUGAAGGCCAUCAACCUGAUCGUGGAGCGGCUCAUCUCGAGCGCCAAUCUUCACUUGUCCGAGCCGACCUUCGGUAGCGAUAGUCUGACGUCGUUCGUCACUUUCAAACUGGUCCCUUACGUAUCGAGCGUCCAGUUCAGUCCGUGGAACUUUGUCCGGAACGAGAAGAUGUUCUCGCUCCGGGACUUGGUCCACCAGCUGCGUCUGUACGCGUUCAAUCCGUUCGCACGUGUCCCACUGUUCAGCAUGCACGGUCAGCUGGCCGACGGAGGUCACUUCUUCACGUUCGACGACAAACACUUUACGUUCCCGGGCAGCUGCUCGUACCUGCUGGCCGCCGACUUUGUCGAUGGAAACUUCAGCCUCGUCGCGGACAUGGACGCCGGCCAUCUGAAGUCGGUGACACUGCUCGACCGGGACUCGUCGGUGGAGCUGACCAGCAGUGGAGCGGUGAAGUUCAAUGGCAAGGAAACCGAUCUGCCGAUUCACAAGGGUGAUGUGUACGCGUUCCGCAAGUACUACACCGUCACCGUGGGCACCCGGUACGGCGCCCAGGUGAUGUGCACGACCGACCUGAAGAUCUGUCACUUCUUCGUGUCCGGCUUCUACCUCGGCCGUCUGCGCGGUCUGCUCGGUAACGGAAACCACGAGCCGUACGACGAUCUUGCCCUUCCGGACGGCAAGAUCGCGGACGGAUCGACCGUCUUUGCGAACCACUACAAAACGAGCGCGGCAUGUGGUGCCGUCGCCGACCACGGACACGAUUCGCACGAGCACUCGAAUCCGACCUGCUCCAAGUUCUUCGGUUCCGACUCGUCGCUGAAGCUCUGCUCGUACCUGCGCGACUCGGCCGACUACAAGGAAGCGUGUAACCACGCGGCCCACGAUGCUGGGGAAAAGGGGGCGGAAGAGGCCGCCUGUGAGAUUGCACAGCUCUACGCUUCGACCUGCAGCCUGUACGGUAUCCCGACGGCUGCGCCUAGCCAGUGCCACAAGUGUUCGACGGACGAGGGCCGCACGGUGGACGUGGGCGACUGGUUCUCGGUGAAGGCACCGCAGAAGAAGGCCGACGUGGUGGUGGUGGUUGAUACGACACUGGGACCGCUGCUCGGGGAGCUGGUGCAGGCCACGAUCAACGACCUGCGCAAGGAGCUGAAGGCAACGGGCAUCAGCGACGUGAACGUGGCCGUGAUCGGGUACAGCAAGACCAGCAAGUACACGAGCCUCUUCUCGAGCGGUGGCAAGCUGGACUACACCGGCAAGCUGGGCCAGGCGGACCUGAGUGGACCGCAGCACUGCAAGGGACUGAAGACGGGCUACGAACCGGUCGACAAGGUGCUGCAGACGCUCCAAGAUGCGGGCGAGCAGGUCCGCGAAGACCUGGGAGCCACCAGCGAGGUGAACGCCGUGCAACAAGCAUUCUCUUACCCGUUCCGGGCCACCGCCAGCAAGUCGGUGCUGAUCGUUCGCUCGGACUCGUUCGAAAUCGCUCAUCCGGGCCGCGCUCUCGGUGCAGCGCUUGGAGUGGCCAACGUGCGGCUGCGAGGCGUUUCACUCAACAUGAUCGCCCCCCUGAAGAACCUCGGUCUCGCGAACACUAAGGACCAGUCGAAGGUCAAAUCGAUUGUUGGCUUCAACGAGAAGGUGGUGUUCCCGAUCAACGACAAGAAGCGCGUCGUCGGCUCGGCCGACCAGCGGAAGGCCCUGAAGUACGACGACGUGGCCGGUGUGGUCGCGGUCGAGCGAUCGGGCGGUAACUUCUUCGUGCUGCAGAACUUCUCCCAGCAGAAGACGCCGAAGGACAAGAAGCAGUUCAUUUCGAUCGUUGCCGCCGUGCUGGCGGAUCAGCUGUCGCGAACGGAAACGACCAACGACUGCCUGUGCUACCUGCGCGGCGGUCUCCACCCGGAGGCGGUCUGCUCCGCCACCGACGUUCAGAUGCUGCCGCCAUCGAAGAAAGCUGGCGGAGCUAAGGGAUAGGCGGCGCUGAAUGUCUCUGAACCAAAUCACUGUAGCAGUUGUAUUUAUUGUAAGCGGAAGCGGAGCGCCUGGGGCUUCGGCGGACAUCAUCAUCGAUACCCGCCGCAAGGUGUCUAGAACCCGUCGGAGCGGCGGCCACCACGAGAGUCACAACGGGAACGGCAAGCGAAGGUGCAAGCGAAGAGGAUGGAAUCUACGAUUUCAGCACUCUUCUUCAUGGACAACAUUUAAACAUCAUUUACAUGCUUGGUUGAAAUAAAUAUU